AAACAAAAAGCGUCCGAUUUGCACGACCUUUGAUGAUAAUGAUGCAAGAUAUCCAAACUACAUGGUAUAUGGCAGUCAUUGUUUUAAUGUACAACUGGAAUAAUGGACAAUCUUUACAAUAAAUAUUUAUAAAAAACGUUUUGCUUGUUCGAAAAAUGGACAUUGACAAAUAUAUCUCCGAAACACAAAAAGUAAACAAAACAUCACAUUUGGAGCCAUCAUGCAAAAGAACAUAAGAUUCAACGAAAGUCAGUUAAUAUACCUUGUCAGUAAGGCUAGGAGAGAAAACUCAAAUGCAGGCUUUUUGUACAAGAAGAGUUCAGACACGGGCAAGUGGCAGCAGAGAUAUUUUUUACUCUACCAAAAUUUGAUGUUUUAUUUUGAGAAUGAAACUUCUUCAAGACCUCUUGGAGUUAUUUUGUUGGAAGGAAGCUAUUGUGAAAGAGUCAUCACCCCUCUUAAAGGAAAGGAGUCAGAAAAACAGAUGACAUGGAAUAAUUACAAAGUCGAGUAUAUAUUCACCAUUACAUACAAAUCUGAAGGACAGAGGAAUUAUGAACUGCGGACAGACACGGAAUCUGAAUGCAAUGCCUGGAUUGAUGCAAUACGUAGGGCAAGCUACAGUAAGGUGCUGGAACAGAAAGAAGAGUUGGAACAGAAACAUCUACAUGUUAUACAGAUUUUGGAAAGUGAGAGACAAGCCAAGUGGCAUUAUGUACAACAAACGGAAGAACUGGCUACGGAAGUUAAAAAACUUAAAGCGGAGUUACAGAAGUUCAAAAAGGACAGAGUUUCCAAUCAUACAGUGGAAGAUGAAACAGAUGAAAUAAAGAAAAUAAAAAAGGUACAAAGUUUUUUCCGUGGCUGGCUGUGUCGACGAAGAUGGAAACAGAUCGUAGAGCUAUACAUACGCUCUCCACAUGCUGAAAGCAUGAGAAAACGCAAUAGUAUUGUAUUCAGUAUGGUGGAAUGUGAAGAGGAGUACAACCAACAGUUGUCUACCUUAGUAACUUGUUUUUUACGGCCACUCAGAAUGGCCGCAAGCUCAAAGAAACCUCCUAUAACACACGAAGAUGUGAACUCAAUAUUUCUAAACAGUGAGACACUGUUAUUUCUACAUCAAAUAUUCUUCAAAGGUCUCUGUGCAAGACUAGAAAAUUGGCCUACAUUAGUUUUAGGUGAUUUAUUUGACAUGCUGCUGCCUAUGUUGUGUAUAUACCAAGAAUAUGUGAGAAAUCACCACUACAGUCUUCAAGUACUUGCUGAAUACAAACAGAAACCAGAAUUUAACAACCUGCUUAAACGUUAUGAGGAGAAACCGGCAUGUGAAACAAGGACACUAGAGAUCUUCCUUACUUACCCUAUGCACCAAAUACCACGCUACAUCAUAACGUUACAUGAACUUCUUGCACAUACUCCACAUGACCAUGUUGAGAGAAAUAGUCUAGAAUAUGCCAAAAGUAAACUCGAGGAAUUAUCUAAGAUUAUGCACGAUGAAGUGAGUGAAACGGAGAACAUACGGAAAAACUUGUCAAUAGAACGUAUGAUUAUAGAGGGUUGUGAUAUACUGCUAGACGUUAACCAGACUUUUGUGAGACAGGGACCUUUACUGCAAGUUUUCCAGGAAAAGCCUCGUGGUAAUCGUGGACGACUGCCAUCUUUGACUUCAUCAUCAAAGAAAGAAGAGGUUCGUCAGGGGUACUUGUUCACAAAUCAUCUUCUGCUCACCACACGUGCAAAGGAAAAUGGAAGACUUCACCUUGCAAAGAACUGUGGAAAAAUUCCUUUGGCUGACUGCACAAUAAUUGAAGACCCAAGUUCAGAUAUCUUUUACUUUGAUGAAGACACAACAUCGUUGGAUUCUGUUUCAAGUGCAGCAAGUUCAUCUUCACAGAGUACUUUAUUACCGCUACAAACUGGUGAGAAACAAGUGGACUACAAUGGUCUUGACUUCCGACUAAUUGUUGAUUCUAAGAGUGGUCCACAGAUCACAAUAAUACUUGUAGCAUCUACACACAUAGAGAAAGCAGCUUGGUGUAGUGACAUCGGUCAGUGUAUAGAGAAUCUACAUUACAGUGACCUGUUAAAUAGCUCCAUGAGUGAGUCAUCUUCUGUUACCAUGCCGCAGUCAGUGAGGUCAGAUCCUAAAUUGUUCCGAGAUGAUGUGGAUAUCAAAUUCAGCCGAACUCUCAAUUCCUGCAAAGUUCCACAGAUUCGGCAUGGCAGUGUUGAACGGUUGCUUGAGAGGCUGACAGAUUUACGAUUUCUCAGUAUCGACUUCCUCAAUACGUUCCUGCUCACAUAUCGUGUGUUCACCACGGGUCAGAAGGUGUUAGAGGCACUGAAGAAAGUCUACAGAAGUCCAGAGGGAAUCGGCUCGAGUAGCCUUGAUUCGGACAUACUGCAAAAUGCCGAAGCCCCUUCAGACAAAACUGUCCUGAACGCUGAAAUGUUAGGAAGUGCAUUGCAACAGUUUACGAAGGACCCGCCCACAGAGGAUAAUAAAAAUGUUAUCAAGCCGCGUGUUGAGAAAUUAGAUCGUGUACGCAGAAUAAGCACAGGUUGUAUGAAGGUUGAAGUGUCAUGUAGUGACUCUGGUGCCAGUACGUCCACAGACUCUGAACAACGAAUAAGCACAACUAAACAUGUCGACUUUAUGAAAACUUUAAAACGAGAAGACUCUAUGGACAGCGAUGAUAGCCCCAGUGAACUUGACAGUUUCCUAGAACCCCCUAAACAGGCCCCAAUAGCAACGUGUGAGACACUUUGUGACUCUGAAAUUCCAGAAAUACCUGCAAUAAAAAUGGAUCCUUCUCUGUCAGAAGUUGUCAUGCUUCCGUCAGAUUUUGGUGAAUCUUCAACAGAUGACUUUUAUUUGUUGAACAACAAAUACCUGAUGCCGGAUGUGUGUACUGGAUUAUCUUUAAGUGUAUCAGAAUCUCUCGAUUCACGCGUGUAUGGAUUACAUUCGGUUCCAAGUUCAGAAACUUUAACACCCGGAACUCCACGACCUAGUCCCGCAACCAGCCCGCUUGGCAGUCCGCGACGCUCACUACCACAACCCUUGACUCCAAAAAGUGGCGAAACCAGUCCACGAAGGCCUUCAACACCUAUUAAGAUGCCGGAAAGAUAUUCAACGGACUUGUUCUCAUCGGCAACUUCAACAGCGUCUCCACUUCGACUAGGCAAGCCAAAGAAAUCAUCAUCACCAGUGAGAAUACCAUCUCCCAUAAUACGAUCUACCUCACCUAAACAUACAGCUAGGUCACCUAGUGCAAGUCCUAAAUUGCGCCGUGCUCCAUCACCAAUCAGUUACAGUUACUCAUCGCCUAACAUUGUUGCACCACAAAUCAAAGUUAAACACUUUAGCUCUGAGGACACAUCUGCCUCUAUAACACCAAGGAGUAGUUUUGCCACACAUACCGAUGGUUCUCCUCCACAAGCACGUGCAGGCGCUGUAGUCACAUCAUCUAGAGCAUCCAAACGAAGGUCAAGUUCUUCAGCAGCAACAGCAGCAUUUGCUGCAGCAACUGCGGGUUCAGGCGUUUACUCACCCGAUCAGUCCUCUGCCAGGGUGCAAAGGUUUCUCAGUGCUGGCACUGGUGCUACAGAUACCCGACUGUUAAAGAAACGAGAGUCAGUGAUAAGUACUGCAGCAACAAUGAGAGUUCUCAACAUAAUCAAACACUGGGUCUCCAAACAUUCCCAGGAUUUUGAGUGUGACAAUGAGCUUAAGGCAUCUGUGAUAGAUUUUCUCGAGGAGAUGGUCUGUAAUACAAAUUUGCUGCCAGCAGAACAUAAGGCGGCAGCGUCCAUACUUCGGACACUCACCAAGGAAACAACGGAACCAAAAAUAGAUCUCACAAAGCUUCUUGCUCACCCAGAGGUUCCUUCUAAGGAUACAUUUGAUAGUUUAUCUGCACUAGACAUAUCUGAACAGUUGACAUUCCUUGAUCAUCAAAUAUUCACAUCCAUCAGAAGCGAAGAGUUGUUAGGACAAGCCUGGAUGAAGCCUGACAAAGCUAAUAAAGCUCCUCAUGUACUUCUUGUCAGCAAGCGGUUCAAUGAGGUAAGUAGACUGGUUGUGACAGAGAUAGUAAGUAGAACCAGUCUACAGGAGCGUGUGGCGUGUAUAGAGAAGUGGGCAGCUAUAGCAGAUAUAUGUCGAUGUAUGCACAACUAUAAUGGAGUCCUGCAGAUCUGUGCAGCAUUUGUCAACAGCUCUGUUUACAGGCUGAAGAAAACCUGGGAAAAACUAUCUAAACAGACUAAGCAGAUGAUUGAACGUUUACAGACGCUGGUAUCAUCAGACGGUCGAUUUAAAAACAUGAGGGAUGCAUUACAUAGAUGUGACCCUCCUUGUAUACCAUAUUUGGGAAUGUAUCUCACUGACCUGUCUUUCAUUGAGGAAGGUACACCUGAUAUGACAGAGGAUAAUCUAGUUAACUUCUCAAAAAUGAGAAUGAUUGCCCAUGUGAUCCGAGAGAUUCGACUGUUUCAGCAGACGCCAUAUCGAAUAGAGCAUCAUCCUCGUGUUACAAAUUAUUUACUUGAUACAACACGGCUGUAUGACGAUGAACAGACUUAUAAAGCAUCUUUAGAUAUAGAACCAAAGAUGUCACGUCUUUCCAUGGUACCGCAGGCUGGUUCUUCAUGAUACACUGACUGGUACCCAGUUUACUUCUGGUAUGCUUUGUGAGACCGGAAUCCAGCAAUGUGAUAAUAAGAACUGUUAUUGAAAAGAUUACAUUGUGUAUUAGACGAAAACAGUUUUGAGGGAUUUGCACAAAAAUAAUGCUACCUUUUGUUGGUUUAGGGAUUGCUGCAUUUGUAAAGUCAGGAGUUGAACGGGGUUGCAGGAUGAAUACAUGUAUGUCCUUAUUGACUGAGUUAGACCAAAGAAAUUAUAAUCAGAAUUGUGACUGGUUGAUUUUAUGUAAAAUAAUGUAUCACUCUGAUCAAGUUAUGAAACGCAUAAAUGCUUAUAAAGCAAAGUGCAAAAAAAAACGUCAUCUUCAAUAAAUGAUAUCUCAUUAGGUUAUCACGAGGUUUAGGGAGAUUUAGCGCUAUUAUACAAUAAUUUCAGAUCUGUUUUAUUUUUGGGAUCAAUGGUACGACUAAUUAGACCUAAGUUUUUAAGUUGAAGUUCUCAUAUUGUGCAGUACAACAUGCUUUUCCAAAAAGUAUAAAACAGGUUCUGUUAAUACUGAAAUUAUCAUACCUAUAUAUAUGAUGAAAGUUAGUAAUGGAAUUCUAGCUCUGUUGGCAACAUGAGGAGGAUUGAAUGCAAAAUUGUCAUAUUUCUUUCUAUUUAAUAUGAAUUUUAAUAAUUUUGCGUUCAAGCCUGCUUUUUAGCUCAUCUGAUUUUUUGAAAAAAAAUGAUGAGUUAUUGUCAUCACUUGAGCGGUUGUCGGCGUCGGCGUCGGCGUCGGCGUCUGCGUCGGCGUUGCCUGGUUAAGUUUUAUGUUUAGGUCAGCUUUUCUCCUAAACUAUCAAAGCUAUUGCUUUGAAACUUGGAAUACUUGUUCACCAUCAUAAGCUGACCCUGUAUAGCAAGAAACAUAACUCCAUCUUGCUUUUUGCAAGAUUUAUGGCCCCUUUUGUACUUAGAAAAUAUCAGAUUUCUUGGUUAAGUUUUAUGUUUAGGUCAGCUUUUCUCCUAAACUAUCAAAGCUUUUGCUUUUAAACUUGGAAUACUUGUUCACCAUCAUAAGCAGACCCUGUUCAUCAAGAAACAUAACUCCAUCUUGCUUUUUGCAAGAAUUAUUGCCCCUUUUGGACUUAGAAAAUCAGUUUUCUUGGUUAAGUUUUAUGUUUAGGUCAGCUUUUAUCCUAAACUAUCAAAGCUAUUCCUUUAAAACUUGCAACACUUGUUCACCAUCAUAAGCUGACCCUGUACAGCAAGAAACAUAACUCCAUCCUGCUUUUUGCAAGAUUUAUGGCCCCUUUUGGACUUAGAAAAUAUCAGAUUUCUUGGUUAAGUUUUAUGUUUAGGUCAACUUUUUCUCUUAAACUAUCAAAGCUAAUGCUUUAAAACUUGCAACUCUUGUUCACCAUCAUAAGCUGACCCUGUACAGCAAGCAACAUAACUCCAUCCUGCUUUUUGCAAUAAUUAUUGCCCCUUUUGGACUUAGAAAAAUCAUUUUCUUGGUUGAAUAUUAUGUUUAAGUCAACUUUUCUCAUAAACUAUCAAAGCUAUUGCUUUAAAACUUGCAACAGUUUUUCACCAUCAUAAGUGGACACUGUACAUCAAGAAACAUAACUCUAUCCUGCUUUUUGCAAGAGUUAUGGCCCUUUUUAGACUUAGAAAAUCAUGGGUAGGACAAUAUUUCUAUUAUACAAAAAAAAAUCAGAUGAGCGUCAGCACCCGCAAGGCGGUGCUCUUGUUAAACUGUG